AGAUCAAAUAAGAAAUAUAUAUAUAUAUUGUGAUCGAGUACUGUCUUUAAUUCGAAUUCGUCAAUGGGGGUUAGUAGCUAUAUUACAUUCAAAGUGAUAUUGGUGUUGGCGGUGCUUGUGGUGGCGGUACAGCCUCCUCCUUGCGGCGCUGCAACUGACCGGCUAAGCACAUUACUCCGGUCGGCGGUAGACAAUGACGGAGAAGAUGAAAAUUCCGGCGGCAGAAAAUGGGCGGUUCUUGUGGCCGGUUCAAAUGGCUACUGGAAUUACCGUCAUCAGGCGGAUAUUUGCCAUGCAUAUCAAAUUCUGAAAAAGGGAGGGUUGAAGGAUGAAAAUAUAAUAGUUUUCAUGUACGACGACAUUGCAAACAAUAAAGAAAAUCCAAGAAAAGGGGUGAUAAUUAAUAGUCCAAAUGGUAGCGACGUGUAUGGUGGCGUGCCAAAGGACUACACGGGUAAAGAAGUGAACACAGAGAAUUUUUUUGCAGUGCUUCUGGGAAACAAGAGCGCCGUGGUGGGUGGAAGCGGCAAAGUACUUAACACAAAACCCAAAGAUGUCAUCUUCAUUUAUUAUUCCGAUCAUGGAGGUCCUGGAAUCCUUGCUAUGCCAACCGGCGCUGAUCUUUAUGCCGAUGACUUCAUUGCGGUUUUGAAGAAGAAACAUGAAGCUGGAACCUACAAAAAGAUGGUUAUCUAUGUAGAAGCGUGCGAGAGUGGGAGUAUGUUUGAAGGAUUAUUGCCUCAUGAUUGGAACAUUUACGCAAUGACAGCAUCCGCUGCAGAUGAGAAUAGUUCGGGUUGGUAUUGUCCUGGUUCGGACCCUUUACCCCCACCAGAAUACACCACGUGCUUGGGAGAUUUGUUCAGUAUUUCUUGGAUGGAGGAUAGCGAUCGUCACAACAGGAAGAAGGAGACAAUCUCAGGGCAAUACGAGAAUGUGAAGAAGAGAACCUGGAACAAUGGAACAGGGGGAGGGUCUCACGUGAUGGAGUAUGGAAGCAUGGAUUUAAGAAAGGACAAGCUUUCAAAGUACCAAGGAUAUGUUCUACCCCCCAUUAAUGUUGCCACCAUUCCCAUGCCUGGGACUACUGUUCAUCAAAGGGACGCUGAGCUUCUCUACCUCUGGGAGAAGUACAAGAGAUUGGGAGAUGAGAAGUCGGAAAUGAAGGACAAGGUCUUAAAGGAGAUGAGUGAGAAGAUGCAGGUGAGAGCAUAUAUAGAUGGGAGUGUUGACGCAAUUGGAGAUUAUCUAUUUGGUACAGAAAAAGCCCAUUCCAUUCUCAAAUCUGUCAGGAAAACACUCCCUCUGGUUGAUGAUUGGGAAUGCCUCAGAUCAAUGGUGAAGAUAUUUGAGGAACACUGUGGGGCAUUGGGAGAAUAUGGAAAGAGGCACAUGAGAGCAUUUGCAAACAUUUGCAACAAUGGCAUCUCCUUAGCUGCCAUGGGGAAGGCCUCCAUGGCCGCUUGUGAUGGCCAUAGCGCUCAGUAAUUAUAAUUUUCAUAUAUGGAAUAAUGAAAUGUAUUAAAAUAUAAAGGGUUGAUGGUCAUCUCGUGGAGUAGAGAUUCCUAUUC